AUUGCUUGUACUCAUAUUCGUCAGUGAAAGUGAAUAUGACUCGAGAAAUCGUAACACUCGCCGUAGGACAAUGCGGAAAUCAAAUUGCUUCUGCAUUUUUUAACCAAAUUACCGCCGAACACGGUAUCGGACCUGAAGGUGAAUUGCAAGACUUGUCUACUGAAGUAAAUGAUAGAAAAGACGUAUUUUUUUAUCAGGCCGAUGAUGACCAUUACGUUCCGCGUGCGAUAUUGUUAGAUUUGGAGCCUCGUGUCAUCGAUGCAGUAUUGAAUUCAAAAAACGGGAGAAUUUAUAACAAAGAAAAUAUUUAUAAAUCUUUGCAAGGAGGAGGGGCUGGGAACAUUUGGGCGGCCGGCUACUGCCAAUGCCACAAACAUUUUGAGCCAAUAAUAGAAAUGAUCAAUAGGGAAGCCGAAGGCUGCGACUUUCUAGAGGGAUUCCAAUUUUGCCACAGUAUCGCUGGUGGGACAGGCUCGGGAAUGGGCUCUUAUUUGCUGGAAAAGAUAUCCGAUUACUUUCCUAAAAAACUUGUGCAAACUUAUUCGGUGUUUCCCAAUAUUGGCGAGUCCAGCGAUGUGGUUGUUCAACCUUAUAAUGCUAUAUUGUCGCUGAAGCGGUUGACUUUGCACGCUGACGGUGUGGUUGUAUUGGAUAAUACGGCUCUUAACAAAAUAGCGGCCAAUCAGCUCCAUAUCGAACAACCUUCUUUUAGUGAUGUCAACCAUUUGAUAUCGACGGUCAUGUCUGCCAGCACUAAUACGCUUCGCUUUCCUUCUUACAUGAACAAUACGCUUCUUGGGAUUUUAUCCUCUCUUGUACCAAUCCCACGCCUCCAUUAUCUGAUGACUGGGUUCACCCCUCUUAUUGGAUUGCAUCAGGAGCACGCGAGUAUAAGAAAAACGUCUGUCCACGAUGUUAUGAGGAGGCUGCUUCAAUCUCAGAAUAUAAUGAUGUCCAUUCCUUCCGGAAGAGGCUGCUAUAUUUCUAUUUUAAACGCUAUUCAAGGAGAUAUCGAUCCAACUCAAGUGCAUAAAUCUUUGCAAAGGAUAAGAGAAGGCAACCUGGCGACCUUUGUGCCAUGGGGCCCUUCCUCCAUACAAGUGAUGAUUACUAGACGAUCUCCUUUUGUUCACACGAGUAACCGCGUGACUGGCUUUAUGCUGGCCAAUCAUACUAGCGUGGCUACGCUACUCGAAAGAAUGAUUAAACAAUUCAAUAAACUUCGCGAUCGAAAUGCUUAUCUUCAAGAAUUUCGAAAAGAAGAGAUUUUUCGCGACGAUCUUGGCGAACUGGACGACUCUCGAGCAAAAGUUCAAGAAGUUAUUGAGGAGUACAGACUCGCCGAAACUUCGUCGUACGCUGAUUUUCCUUCGCCGUUGGAUUUUCAGAAGUCGCAAAGUCGCCCUCAAGCUCCUCUUGUUUCUUAA